CAGUGUCCACCAGUAUGCCCAUGAGGAACCUCGCUAGGUAACAUAGUGUAUACACGUCCAGCUCUACUCAGGCCUGGUGUCCCAUGCUGACCAGCGUGGAGGAUAAACAGUUGACAUCAGUGAUAUUCCUUUGUAAAUAGUUAACAUGUUAAAUAUUAUUAAAGGAAAACUGCUAUUUUCGGUGGUGUUAAUAUGGGGUAUGGCGUGUGGAAUAUUUGCCUACCCGGACGGAGCUCCUGAGAGAGCGUGUUACAGGAUGAUACCCGAACAUACCCAUCCGUUCACAGAGCGGAUACGACACUGUGUAGCUCUUGCACAACCUUUGCUAGAUGAAUAUUUCCGUCUCUUAAUUCCUGCACAAGGUUUACCAGUUGCUUUUCUUUUUGAAGGCUUUCUUUAAGUGAAAACUGCUAUUUUCGGUGGUGUUAAUGCCUACCCGGACGGAGCUCCUGAGAGAGAGUGUUACAGGAUGAUACCAAAACAUACCCAUCCGUUCACAGGGCGAGCUAUACGGGCUGAGCCCUCUACCGUCAAAACACCAUAUAACAUAACGCUAAGUCGGAGCCUGUGGAAUCCGGAUGUUCCUAUUACGGUAACCAUUCAUGGCGGUGCCCCAUUCAAGGGGUUUAUGUUAAUGGCCGCCGAGGACUCCCUCAUGGAUAUGCCGACGGGGAUAUUUUUCACUAACGGAGCUACUGACGUGAAGACAAUGUUUUGUUCCUUUCCUAAUGACGCUGCCACACAUACAGAUAGCAAAUGGAAGUCGCAUAUAACAGUGAACUGGUACGCCCCGGUUUUUACAUCAGCCGAUCACAUGCAAUUUAUAGCUACAGUAGUCACAAACAGAAGUACGGUGUGGACAAACAUCAAAUCUGUGUUCGUCCAAGCUGACCCUGCUGUUAGUUGUACAAAGACCAGAAUUUGGAGGUACUUGGGAGAAAAGGCAGCAGAAGGGGGCAUGAUGCCUGGUGGGUUUGGAGGUGCUGGAGGUCCGUAUGGAUGGCUAGUGUCCAUAAAUGAUGAAAAAAACAAAAGCGUCUCCUUGACAACCACCCUGGCAAAAAAUUGCACAGAUAUUUUAGCAUACUGGGAUAACCAGUCGGUCAUUAAAGACGAAGAAAAAUGAAUGGAAUGAUACUUUAAUUUUUCUGGUUGAUACAUUUUUGUAUCCAUAUGUAUGUCUUAUGUAAGUUUAUGAACAAAAAACAAUAUAUUAAAGAUGUAAUGUUUAUUCUAGUCUCGAUCAAACUACUGUUUCCGUGACAACAACUCUUCUAAAUAUGAGUAUAAAUAUACAGCAAAAUAAGGUAUCAAGUUAAACAUGAAAGGAAAUAAUGAAGGAAUAACUAACUUUUCUCCGUUCAGUUUUUUUUGCACCUUAAUGGAUAUCUUGUAUCAAUAAAUGAACAAAAAACCAUAGGUCAUUGAGCUUAUUUUUUCGCCAGGCUUAGUUUAAAAAGUGUCUCCUUGACAACGGGCCCUAAAAUACCAGAAUAGAUGUACAGUGAAAUGAGAUACAUACUCCCUAACUAAACAUACUAAAAAGUAAUGAAAUAAUAACUAACUUUUUUUCAUUGGUGUUUUUUGUGCCCAUAUGGAUAUCUUGUACCAAUAAAUGAACAAAAAACCAUAGGUCAUUGAGCUUAUUUUUUCGCCAGGCUUAGUUUAAAAAGUGUCUCCUUGAACAUACGUACAUGUAUUACCGACAACUACAUUUAGAUUUGUUAUAGUUACAAUACUAGUAUAGUACUUAUUAAAUAUGAUAGAUUAUCAUAACGUUUACAAACAUAUGCGUUACACUACAUAAUAUAUAUAACACUAUACUAUAAAAUAAAGGUAUUGCGUUGAA